ACACGGCGGGGCCGCGACUCUGCUGCUAUCGUGAUGCGGCGGCGCGCGUAGGAAACACAGGCGGGCCCCAGGGCAGAGAGGAAAGGAGACACAGUUGGAAGCACGGCUCGAGUCCCGAGUUCUGGCAGGUUGAGGUUAUUGUCGUAAACAAUUGUCAGAAAGUGUUUUUUUGCCGUUCGGCCCGAAACUACGCCACCUUUCCGUCCACCGCGAUCGAGCGGGCGGCCCGCGGUGCGCGAGGGACAUCGCUUCGAAACUCGUCCACCCUCUGCGAAAAGCGGCCCGUGAGGGUGGCGCCCUUAUGGGCUCUCGAGCGGAUAGCGGUUCUGACAGCAACCUGAAAAUGGACGACAAUGCUGAAAACAACUUAAAAAGACAGGCCACCAGAGUCUUCAAAAAGAGCUCUGCCAAUGGAAAGAUUACAGUUUAUCUUGGAAAGAGAGACUUUGUGGAUCAUCUGACACAUGUGGAUCCAAUAGAUGGCGUUGUUCUUAUUGAUCCGGAAUAUGUGAAGGAACGCAAGGUUUAUGGCCAUGUUUUAGCUGCUUUUAAAUAUGGGAGGGAAGAUCUAGACGUUCUUGGCCUUACAUUUCGCAAAGACUUGUACCUUGCAUCUGAACAAGUUUACCCACAAGAUCCUAUAGCUGCUGCCCAGCCCAAACGCCCUCUUACUCGGUUACAGGAGCGGUUGAUUAGAAAACUAGGCCCAAAUGCGUAUCCCUUUUAUUUUGAACUGCCACCACAUUGUCCAGCGUCAGUCACACUUCAGCCUGCGCCUGGGGACACAGGAAAGCCUUGUGGGGUUGACUAUGAAUUGAAGGCAUUUGUUGGAGAUGCCUCUGAUGACAAACCACACAAAAGAAAUUCUGUCCGACUGGCCAUCAGAAAAAUAAUGUAUGCUCCAAGCAAACAAGGAGAGCAACCCUCUGUAGAAGUCAGUAAAGAAUUUAUCAUGAGCCCCAACAAAUUACACUUGGAAGCAUCUCUAGAUAAAGAGUUAUAUCAUCAUGGGGAAACAAUUGCUGUCAAUGUUCACAUAGCCAAUAAUUCUAACAGGACUGUCAAGAAAAUAAAAGUGUCAGUGAGACAGUUUGCUGACAUAUGCCUAUUUUCAACUGCCCAAUACAAGUGCACGGUUGCAGAGGCUGAAAGCGAAGCUGGGUGCCCCGUUAGCCCUGGAUUCACAUUGUCUAAAGUGUACCAGGUGAAGCCUCUACUUGCCAACAAUAAGGAUAAGCGAGGUUUGGCAUUGGAUGGUCAGUUGAAACAUGAGGACACCAAUCUUGCAUCCUCCACAAUAGUCACUGAUCCAGCACAAAAAGAGAAUCUAGGAAUAAUAGUGCAGUACAAAGUGAAGGUCAAACUGAGUUUAGGAACACUAGGAGGGGACCUUGUAGCGGAACUUCCUUUUACUCUUAUGCAUCCAAUGCCAGAAGAUGACGUGCCAGCACACCUUCCUUGCCUUUCUCCAGCCCACACAACCCCCCAACCAAAUGGCAAUACUAGCGAUAAUGUUCCUGUUGAUAAUAAUCUGAUUCAAUUGGACACAGAUAUAGCGGAUGAAGGUGAUGAUGAUAUUAUCUUUGAAGACUUCGCAAGAUUACGACUAAAGGGAGAAGAAACAGAUGCUUAAGAACUGUUAGCUUAUGGUAUCGAUCAAGGCUGGAGGGACCAGAAAGGCCAAGCUGUUGCAGCUAGUAUACAAUUCACAGGCUAUCAGGCGGCACAAACACUUUGAAGGACAUUUGUCUGUAGGUAAGAGUGGUUUUAUGGUUAAAAAAAAUUGUAAGCGAUGGACAGAAUUGAACAUUAACAUUGUAUAUUUGUGCCUCCCAAAUUAUUAUUUAUUCUUCUUCAAAUUACAAAUCAGACCAUGCAUUUGGUUUCUAAUAUAUUCAUUUACCUAAUGCUUCUUGAAAGUUAUCUCUGAUCAAGGGGAGACAGUGUUUAAUUUCUCAUGGCAACAAUAUGUCUUAUGUACACCGACUGUUAAAUUUUUAUUGCUGAUAAAUAAGGAUUUGUUAUGUCUUUUGUCUUUAAGGAAUGUGUUGUGUAUGUCACUGAUACUACUGUAUUUUUAUCUAACCUGCUCUUUUAUUAUUUGUGGACAUUCAUGGUGUUCCUAUUUUAGGUAGGCCUGUUGACUUUGAGAUGAUAUGUUUUUUUUCUUCAUUAUGUUUUUGUUUCAAAUUGCUUUUUUCAGCUGCUAACUCCAUGCUGGUCUUAGGCUGUGAUGAGGUUCUGACCAAUCGGUAUUUCAAUCGUUAUACCUAGUAACAACCUGUUUCCUUUUACAACACCAAAAAAUGAAAUAGGUUUUCUCUGUUAUUUGCUGUCAGCAGGAAGUCGGCUGAUUUGAAGGGCAGCCUUUUUGUUUUUUAUGAUUUUCUGUUAAGCUUGCUGUAUUUUGUUGUCGUCUGUUAUUUUUAUACUUUUACAUGAAAAUGUUUUGUUAGAUCAAAAAUGCUGUUGCCUGAUUCUUUUGUAAAUGAAUUAGGACAAAUGGAACCCCAAAUUUGUUUGUCAACUGGUACAAAUGUUGUUACUUGCAGUGUUUACUCAUUGGAAUAUGUUGCAAUGCAUUUCAAUUUGGCGUAACAAUGUGACAAGGAUAUUCCUUGUCUGUUUGUAACCUUAAUGUUGCAUUUGAUUUUAUUUUCUUUUGACCAAGCCAUAAUGCUUUUUUACAUACAUUUAUAUUAUCUUGACAUUGAUUGUAUCAGAGGAGAAACUAUUCUUCUCAUGUUACUGAGUUAGCUUGGAAGCUGCCAUGGUUUUAUUUGCCUCUUUUUAUUUCUACCCACAAACCAACCUAAAUUUUGACGUUGUUUCUUUGUUGUGAGGUAGGCCUUCAAUGUAUGUGAUGCUGCUUUCAAUUUUCUACAAUUUUACUGUUGAGGGGUGGAUUUACUUUUUCUUUAAUUACCAAUUGGCUAUCUAUUUUGUUCUACCUAGAAGGUUAACCAUGCAUUUAUUAAAGUAAACAUUGCUGUCUUGAUGUGUCUCUCACUUUCCUUUUAACUCUAAUCAAUUCGCUUUUAGAAGGUGAAACAUGUUAUGUUCCUCAUAAUUGAUUUUGGAGAGUCAAAUUUCCUCCCUUGCUGCCUUACAUUGUUUUUCUUUUCUGCAUGUAUGAGUUGGACUGCAGACUUGCUUAUAAUGUGUGCUAAUUCUGGAUCCUUUACCAUUGAUGAGUGUACUGUCUUAUCCUUGUUCGGCUGGUAGACAGAGGUGCUCAGACCCCUAUGCUGGCUAGGAGAGAUCAUAUUCAAUUCUCCAACAAGGAAUUGGAUCUUGAUCGGGCAUACAUUGUUUGCGGGCUUGCUCCUACUUAUUUUGGUGUGUUCACAUAAAAGAAUAAAAACACAUGUAAUUAUAUGCUUUUUUUAAAAAAAGAUAAUGAUAUUCAAUGAACUAAAUAGUUUUUAAAUGCAUUAGUCAUUUUGCUCUUAAACCGUUAUCAAUUGUGAUGUUCCUCCUGAUACAUUUAAUUUGAUACGCUUGAUGUUAGUAUAUUAAUUGUUAACUAGGAGAAUCACCUAUUUAUGUCUAUUUUGGUACAUUAUUGUAUGUACCUCAAUUCAUCAUUUUUUAAAUCACCUCAAAGCGGAUGAUGUGUCUGUCAACUUGAUUUUCAUGCAUCCAAGCACUAAUGACUAUGGGGUGAAGAGCGCUUACCUGUGUGAGUACUACAGUGACUGAUCUGAAUUAAAAUUUCCUGCACUGAUCUUCAUUAAUUCUCUUUCAGUUACCUGAAUAGUUAGCUUUUGGGUGUGUUGCCUAGUUUUGAAGCGAUACUCCUGUCAAAGCUUUUGCUGGAUUUCUAGGUCUUGUUUUUGUUGUUUGUUAAAUGUUUUCCCACAGUCAAAUGAUGUGGAUUCUGAGAGGAGCACUGAAUUGUUCAUAUAUUAUUAGUUCAAGUGAGUUCAUGGUAUUUGUGUAUUCAUUUAUGUGCCACAGCAAACUGACUGAAUGUUAUGUGUGUUAGUUUCGGUGAAUGGUACUCAUGAAGUGUAUGAUGUACUUUGUUAAGGUAAACCUCUGAUUGAUAUUGCAAACUAGAUUUAAAAAUGGGUUUUCACUGUUCAACUCCUAUUCAAAAUUCAGGCAUUUCCUUUCAAACACAUCAUCAAGGUAUCUACCCAUAAAACGGAAAGGAAAUUGUUGCAUGUUUGUCAGAAUUUAAAGUAAACCAAACAACUAAUAAUAGUGUGACUGUUAUCAAUGUCAUUAUUUGUUCCUGUAAAUAAAAACCUUUAUACAUAUAUAAAUACAUAUUAUACAUAAAUAUAUUUAUGUAGUUAUGUUUAUGUCCCCUAUAAGUGUGUAAGUAUAUUGGUAUGAAACGUCAUCUUCAAGCUAAUUUUUUAUAGCCUUCUGUGUGACAUAGUAAAUGUCUAAAGUGAGGACUAGAAAUAACCCAUGAUAUGUACCUUCUAUGUGUAGCGGGCUAAGUUAACAGAGGAAGGCUUUGCGCUGAUCGGGCAUGUCACAUUUUUAAAGGUUAUUUCCUUCUGACUAACCAUGCCUUUUAUUGAAUGUGAUGACUUGUUUCUUGACAGAUAAAAUUUUCACCUCGUAUUUUGCUUUGGCAGAUGAGAGUUUAUUGUGUGAUUAAAGAUGUUUAAUUGUUAGAAGUAUUUAUUGAAACCCCCCUUCUGAAAUAGUGAAACUGUCUUUACAAUGAAAUAAACAUAAGUUAAAGAAACUUU